UUACCAAACAUUUCAAAACAGUUAAUCACUCAUUCUCGCUUUCUCUGUCUCUUUCUGCUCUGAGCUCAUGGAGAGAACAGAGGAAGAAAUAAGAAGAAGAAUCAGAAGAGGAGAAAAACAAAAGGAAGUAAUAAUGGGCCGGCCUCGGCCCAUGUUACUUCCUCCAGUCAGAGAGGUGAACUUGGCGGCCAUAGCCAUCGAUUUGAAUAUACGGCUGAGAUCGGCGGACAUGCCGGCUGUGAUGCAGGACCGUGCAUUCCGAUGUACCAGAGCGUUACUCGACUCAAAUAGUGACCAGAAGAAACCCAGUCCCACCCACUUGGCCAUGGCUCUCAAGAAAGAAUUUGAUUCCCUGUACGGUCCAGCUUGGCACUGCAUCGUGGGGAAGAGCUUCGGAUCGUUUGUGACUCACUCGAGUGGAGGGUUUGUAUAUUACUCGGUGGAGAAGCUCAGUUUUCUACUGUUUAAAACUCAAGUCCGUCCGGUUAAGAAUCGCUAAGUGCGAUAAGUUACAUUAAUCGAUCAUUUAGCUGGUAAAAUGUUUUUUUUUCUUUGUCUUGCUUUUACAAAUUUGGUUCCUUCACAACUUGCUUAAUACGUAUGUAUAUAUUGUAAAAACCUUCGAUUAUUAAAUUCAAGUAACUUCACUUCUGGUUU